CAUACCAUUACCAUAGACGCAGGUCUUUCUCAGGAAGUGAAAGAGAGCAGCAGAGUUGCAUAUCUUGCAGUGUUUAUCAGUUUGCGGCGCAGAAGGAGCAGCGUAGCAAUUAACUGAAAGUCUGAAACUCGAAAUCGUCGACGCUAAUAGUGAUCUUCAGACAAGAUCAAGAGCAGGCAUCAUGCAACGGUGGACACGGAACGGGAUGCUGAACUUCUCGCAGCCGGCGUCGUCCUCGCCGUUCGGGUUCUACGACGCCGGCCACGGAGCGUCGAGCAGCGGCAGCCGGUCGCACAGCUGCAGGAGCCAGAACAAGGACCAGCGCAACCUGGAGAAGAACCUGACCAAGGUGAGGAAGGAGUGGAUGAAGGUGAAGGAGGAGAUGGGCUACGCGAGGCUGCUCAGCGAGCACCUCAGCGAGACGGUGACGGAGACCGACCGGAAGGUGGCCGCCAUGCUCGAGGAGCUGGACCGGACGGACAAGUACAUGCAGGAUAUACUCUCGUCCCAGCAGAAGUAGUGAACCCACCCCAUGACAUCGCGAUCGAUGCAUGUUUUGAUGGAUCUAUAUGUAUUUACCUAGCAGCUAGCUAGAUCAGCUUCUCUUUUCUGGGCAUUUUUGCCGUUGUGGAUUCGGUUAUUUAGC